UGAACCGUCAACGCUGAACGAACGAACGACAGCGAAACUAGAGGCCCCGCCUUUAAACCCGUGAAUUUAAUUAUUUUAGUUGCUUUUUAGCGAAAUGACAUUGUUAUAAGACGGCAUUUAGAUCUGCAAGAGAGGAGAGUGUGAAAAAAUGGGUACCUUGGAGAUUUUGUGUAUAUUCGCAGCGGUUUCGCAAGCCGCCGCGGUGUUGACAUCCCCGCCGAAGAUCGUGAAGCAGCCAACACAGGAGGAGCUGCUGUUCCAGGUGGCUCUCCCUGGGGAAGUGGACAAGCCCUUCAUCAUAGAGUGCGAGGCGGAGGGAGAACCCGCGCCCAAGUACAGAUGGAUCAAAAACGGCAAGCCAUUCGAAUACAGCAGUUACGACAACCGCAUCUCCCAGCAAUCGGGCCGGGGCACCCUCGUGGUCGUCAAACCGCGGGACGAGGACCUCGGCCAGUACCAAUGUUUCGCCGAGAACGAAUGGGGCACGGCCACUUCCAACUCGGUCUUCGUCAGAAAAGCUGAACUGAACUCCUUCAGCGAAUCCGACGGCCCCGCUAAAGUCGUUCAAGCCGAAGAAGGGAAGCCAUUCAAGCUCACUUGCGAACCGCCCGACGGCCAUCCGAAUCCUAAAGUGUACUGGAUGUUGCAAGGCAGCGAGGGUCAGCUGAAGACCAUAAACAAUUCGAGGAUGACGUUGGAUCCAGAAGGCAACUUGUGGUUCUCGAACGUGACUCGAUACGACGCGAGUGAUAUGCUGGCGUACACAUGCGCUGCUAAGUCGGUGUUCAGGAAUGAGUACAAGUUGGGUAACAAGGUGUUCUUGGACGUGAAGAAGACUGGCAUAUCGCCCGCUUUGAACAAGCACGCGCCGGUGCGGCAGUACACUUCAAGGAGGAGGGAGAAGGGGCUGAAGGGGAAGAGAGUCGAUCUGUAUUGCAUAUUCGGUGGAACACCGCUUCCUCAAGUUGUUUGGAAGAAGAAUGGCAAAACAAUACUAUCUUCAUCGAGUAUAACCCAAGACAACUACGGCAAAACGCUGGUGAUAAAGUACCCAGGGUACGAGGACCAGGGCACGUAUACCUGUGAGGCGAGUAACGGAGUGGGUGAAGCGCAGAGUUACUCUAUCGAACUGGAAAUUGAAGCCGCGCCGUUCUUCACCGUUGAGCCGGAAAUCCAGAACAUGGCCGAAGGGGAGACCGCCGUGAUACGUUGCGAGGCCGCCGGCAGGCCUUCGCCCCAAAUCACGUGGAUCCACAACGGCAAGCCCAUAGAACAAGCCCCCCCGAACCCACGUCGACAAGUCACGGCCGAUUCUAUCACCAUCACUGACCUGCAGAAGAAAGAUACAGGGAAUUACGGAUGCAACGCUACCAACUCCAUCGGAUAUGUGUAUAAGGACAUCUAUAUCAACGUGCAAUCCAUCGAGCCGGAGAUCAAAGAGGGCCCGGCCAACAUAACCAAAGUGGACGGCUCCGAAGCGGUGCUGCGGUGCCGCGUGUUCGGCGCCCCGAGGCCCAUCGUCAGGUGGAUGAAGGACAACGUGGACCUUACUGGGGGAAAGUACAAUAUAACUCCAGAAGGAGAUCUGGUGAUACCCGAAGUGUCGUUCACUGACAUCGGCGUGUACCAGUGCUACGCAAAGAACAAGUUGGGUGAGAAAACGGCGUUUGGAUCUUUGGACGUGAAGAAACGCACAGUGAUCACGGACAAGCCCGAAGAGUACGUGGUCGCAGCGGGCUCCCCGGCCACGUUCCGUUGCAACGCGCACUCAGACGAUUCACUCAAACUGGAGAUCAUCUGGUUGAUCAACGGCCAACCCAUAGACUUCGACAGUCAGCCGCGGUUCAGGAUGACGAAUGACUUCUCACUGCUGAUAUCGGACACGAGCGAAUUGGACUCGGGCGAUUAUACGUGUAUAGCGAGGACGGAGAUUGACGAGGCCAGCGCUCAGGCGUCGCUUAUUGUACAAGACAAACCAAACGCGCCGAAACUCGAGAGCAUCCAGUGCGGCGAGAGGACGGCCACUCUAACCUGGUCUCCGAAAGGCGACAACCGCGCCCGCAUAUUGCGUUACUCGAUCCAGUACAACACGUCGUUCACGCCGGACACGUGGGACACGGUGUCGGACUCUGUCCCCACCGCUGAGAUCUCCUGGGCCAUUCCGCUUAGCCCCUGGGCUAAUUAUACAUUCAGAGUCAUCGCGUGGAACAAGAUAGGUCCUUCACCACCGUCUGGUCACUCUCAGGUGUGCACCACGCAACCGGACGUGCCGUACAAGAACCCCGACAACGUGGAGGGGAAGGGAAGCAAUCCUACCAACAUGGUCAUCUCUUGGUCGAAAAUGCCUCAGAUCGAGCACAACGGCCCCGGGUUCUACUACCUGGUGUCGUACAGGCGGAACAUCACCGGAGAGAAUUACCAGAGUCAGAAGGUGUCCGACUGGCAGCAGACGCAACUAGUAGUGCCCAAUACGCCCACCUUCCAGCCCUACAGGAUUAAGGUGGUAGCUGGCAACUCCAAAGGCACAGCCAACGUCGCUCCCGUGGAAGUUUACGGUUGGUCAGGAGAAGACAUCCCACUGGAAGCCCCCACCAACUUCAGCCUGGUACAAGUGAUCUCUGGAUCCACCGCUGUGCUCAACUGGAAUCCAGUACCACCGGAGUCUGUCAGGGGACACUUCAAAGGGUACAAGAUUCAGACCUGGAUCGACGGCGAAGAAGACAAACUGAAGGAGAUUCUAGUCAAAGCAGACGCGACCAGCGCUUUAGUCUCAAAAUUCAAGCCUUACAAGAAGAAUUAUGCCAGAAUCUUGGCCUACAACGGAGUCUUCAAUGGACCACCGAGCGAAACACUGAGCUUCUUAGCACCAGAAGGUCCACCGGGAACAGUUCGCUCGUUCGAAGCUUAUCCAAUUGGAGCGUCCGCCAUGUUGCUGAAAUGGGAGAAACCAAUGGACGAGAACGGCAUCCUCACCGGCUACAAGAUAUACUACCAGAAGGUCAAAGACACGGAACUGGGCCCCAUUCGCGAGAGGAAGAAGGAGAUCGAUCCAAAAUUCGACCGAGCAAAGUUGGCGGGCCUCGAACCCAACACCAAAUACAGGAUUGAGAUUCGCGCUAAAACCAAAGCCGGCGAGGGGGAUAAAUAUUACGUGGAGCAGACUACUAGGGGUGUAGUUUCGGCGAAACCUGAUGUGCCGUUGUUUGAGACACAAACUCUGCCAGCUAAGGAGGGAACGGCGCAUAUUUUAGUGCGUUGGUUGCCAACUUUGGACGGUCACCCCGGAACACACUUUGUGGCGUGGUACAAAUUAAAGGGGCACCCGAAAUGGUUGCGAACGAACGAGGUGACUGACGAUGAUUAUGUCGUGUUGACGGGGCUGGAGCCGGGCCAGGAGUAUGAGGUGAAGCUGACGGCUCACGACGGAGAGUACUUCAGUACCAGUGAAACGAGGCUUGUUGAUACUACGAUUGACGGUCCAGUAAUAAUGCGCGACGACAAGAUGGCGACCGCCGGCUGGUUCAUCGGCGUGAUGCUGGCGCUGGCGUUCCUGCUGCUGGUGCUGGUGCUGGUGUGCGUGGCGCGGCGCAACCGCGGCGGCAAGUACGACGUGCACGACCGCGAGCUGCAGCACGGCCGCCGCGACCACGCCGACGGCGGCUUCCACGAGUACACGCACCCGUUGGAUAACAAAUCGAGGCAUUCGAUGAGCAGCGGCACCAAACCGGGCCCGGAGAGCGACACCGACUCUAUGGCGGAGUACGGUGAAGGAGAAACAGCGGGUAUGAACGAGGACGGCUCCUUCAUCGGGCAGUACGGCCGCAAGCGACGCCCCCCAACAGGUCGGUUCACCGAAGACGGUUCGUUCAUCGGCCAGUACGUGCCGGGCGCGCGGGUGCUGCCCCCGCCCCCCGCGCCCGCGGCCCCCGCCGCGCCCGCGCAGCCCGCGCCGCCCACCUACGUGUAGGGGGGGAGGGGGGAACGAGCGGCUAGUCGUCCAUCUUGAAGCAAGUUUGCUAUUUUACUUCACCGUCACCUUGUUGGAGGAACAAUGCAAUUAAUUUAAAACUCUUACUCUUUUCAGUGAAAAUAAAAAACUGAUCAAUCAAACAUUAUAGUUACUGUGCGUUCAGAAACUUAGUAUAUUUGAUUGAUCUGAUGAAAAUAUCGUAAAAUUACGAUGUGAGAACGCGUUUCUGUUGUAAGAAUCGAAUGAAUUUUGUAUCUUCUUAUUUAUUUUUGAAUGUUCAACGAUUUAUGAACUAUAACUUUCUCCGCCAAUAACAUCUAUUUAAGCAUUGUGUAAAGGUAGACACGGCUUUAUGUCGAAAAUAUAGAAAAAUAAGACAUAAGUAUUCACAGUGCUUUGGUGUUCUACUAAUAUCAUAGUUCACAAGUUUUGCAGUUUAUUUACGCAAAGAAAUGUUUAAAGAGACGACAGUCGCAAAAUCUACGUUAACAAAAUACUGCCAUCUUUAAAAAAAAUCACUGCAACGCUGGUCUGGUAAACACGUGUAUAGGCAGUGCAUCAUAUUUUGAUAUUUAGUUAAAAUUUUUAGGAUAGGGCCAAAGUUAGGUUAAGCUGAAAUCUGAGCCUACAGUAUGGUUAUUUUGGCCCUUAUUGUGUCGGUAGACUUGUAUAAUUAGGGUUUAAUAAUUGUCACAAAUUCAAAUUAAUUCAAUAUGACAUAUUUUUCUCUUUGACAGUGAUCGUUAUUCACAUUUGCGUUAAAAUGUUCUAUUUCUUUUUCUUUAUGAGACUGAUUUUAUGUAAUGAUUAAAAUAGUCCCAAAUAGUAACUUGACACUGAAUACGGCCGGUCGGUUUCUGAUAGAUUGUUACAAUAUACCUGUCUGUAUACACUAUAUUGACGCAGUAUAAGUAAAAUAAAGUUGUCGCUUGUAUGGCAUGUUAUUGCAGCUAAUAAUUUAUAAAAUGACAAAUUCAGUUUCCUUCCGCCUCAACUAAAAUAAGCGAACUUAUCGCUCAACUAAAAUAAGCGAUAAAUUCGCUUAUUUUAGUUGAGGCGGAAGGAAUGAAUCGUGAUUUAAAUGACGUGAAGUUGUUUGUGGUAACUUCAGGUCAGUGAUAUCACAACAAAAUCUAUCAGAAACCUACAGCCACCCCCGCUAAUCUAGAACGUACGUACGUAGGCGAUGUUUUGGCUCGAUAUCAAUUACUUGUAAAUUAAGGAUACGAUAGCUGGUGAAUAUAAGAAAAGAAAAAAAACUAUUUUUGUCACAGAAAAUAGGUAAUGGAAUAAGAAUAUUAGCUCUGGACGCCGGUGGUCAAAUUGCUUUGAAUUAGCGAGCCACAAACUGCGCGCACGCUUUUGUAGAAUAGAGAUCAGAAUUUUGACAUCUCAUAAUUAUAUUUUCAUCUGGUCUUUAUGUCUCAGGUGAUGCGCUAUGUUUGUGUCUAAGCUGAUGCUUCUAUCGCUAUUGUAUAUGCAUAUCUACUGAUUAUGAAAAUUACAAAAUUCAUAUGGACCAUGAAGAUUAUUUUGUAAGGCAGCUUCGUAGCAUUGUAAAAUGUCAAUAUAUCUUUCAAUUAUUAUUAGCUGUAUACGGGAAUGUAAAUUUAGGCAAAGAACCAACUUUAUCGGGUCGUGGUCGUUGUUUAGAUAUUUUUUCAAUAUUUUCUUCAAAUUGAAUAGAUGACUAAAUAUACUUUUGAUAUUGCACAUUUUCUAACUUUAAUCACAAUAAAAAAACAGCCGCAUAUGAUCGAAAACAAUGGUACUCUCGUGCAAUAUGUAUGUAUCUUUUGUAAAUGCAUUGUAAUCAAAAUGAAACAAAUAUAUUUUUGUUGUAUUUCCUUAUAUCAUUGAUGGUUAAAACUUAAGUACAUAACUAAUUUAAUGAUGUGAUUAUAUCAAAAGUUUCGAAUGUACGAGCAUAAUUAAGGUAUAUUUUGUAAGAGUGAAUAUUUUUGUACUGCGCAGUGUGGCCACCGGCGCAUGUUGGUGCUUAGCGGAGGAUCGAGGCGUGUUGUUGUUCGGUGUUGUGAUCGUACGAUACUAGUGUUGCACUCGCGAACUGUUGGUUCCCACCUCUAAACGUAGGCUGCUGGCGCCAGUACAACAUUAUGUUCCAAUUUCAAACUGAUACUAAAUUGCGUCAAUAAGUGAAAAAUUUUACUUCUUUUUUCAAAAUUUCUUAAUGUUAAGAAAUUGUAGUGUUGUAAUCCGGUACUGCCAGUAGUCUAAUCUCUCCGACUGGUAUAAAAUUUUAAUGAUAUUAAUAGCAAUCUCUAGAGAAUAAAUUAUAAAAAGAAUCCCACUGUUGUAGUAGAUCAAUUGAUCCCAUUUUGAAUCUCAAACUUUUAUUAAUCUUUCUCAACCGAAACAGAAUCUCGAGGUAUUUUGAAAACGCAUCAGUUAUAUCCUUGUGUAGUAUAAGGCUUUUUUGUAUUCGACUUUUGAACAUUAUGAAGUUUGUUCGCACCGCUGACCUACAUGUUGAUGUUUCUCAUUAUUUCAAUGGCGGGGUGAAGACGACUGCUCAGUAUACUUUAACAUUAUUAAGGUUUUGUAUAAAAUGUGACCCUACUAACGUAUUUGACUAACGACGUUCGUCUUCAGCCCGCGCGACGAAGAAUAUUUCGAUUGUAUCUCGUAUUUAGAUUUAAGGCUAGGGUCUCGUGUUAUCUAAUGUUAGUCGGCUAAUGCGUUCGCUUCUUGCGUUUAUAUAUUAAUUAAUAUUGUAUCAUUUGCUUUAUUUGUAACUUUACCGCACCCUGGCAAGCGUGGAGGCCGCGGCGAACUCCACUUCUCUAUUCCGACAGUGUUACCUUAAUUUUAUUUAUUCGUGUAUAUUCUUUCUUCGCCUGAAAGGUGUCGGGUCCUAAUAAUACAUUCCACACGGUCUAACCAAGCUGAGUUUUUUUAAUUAUAUCUUUUAUUUAUCCGCGUUUCCCCUCGUACGCGUCAGUCGAAUCUAAAAGAAGUUUUUGAAACUAACGGCUGCCGUAUACUUAUAUUUAUUGUCGUAUUAUUUAAAUAUAUUUGUACACAUCGGAUCUGAUCUUAUUUAUUUUUUAUUUAACGCACUUGGUCGAUCUGAUUUAGAGCUUACACUGUAACCAUUGGUACCUUAUAUAUUGCAUUAUAUUUAUAUUUAAAGCACUGUUAUAGUAACCCCCUUAAGUUAUUUGUUAAGGAGUCUUUAUCAUGUCUAUUGUCUAGUAAGAAUUUAAUAUAUUAUUAAUAAUAAUUGAUAGUAGAAGAGCCUUGUACGAUUCGCGACUUUAUGUCGCUUCUUAUACCGCCCUGAUGGUAAAUGAAAACUCAUGAUACGUCUCCGGUGUUCGCGUUUCUGGAUAACAGAUGGCGUUAGUCUGUUGUCGCUCGUCCAGUGCCAGUCACUGCCUUCCUCGAAUCAGAAUAGAUGUGUUCAUGUAGCCUGUACUUAUUUCUGAUACUAACACUAUAGUAGAAUCUCUUAUACAGUAAAUCCGAUCAUCUUUCGCAUUCACAAGCACAAUGUUUGCAUUUAAAGUGUCAUGUCACAAUGUUCACAUAAAACGAACAAAGCUCAUGAAAGUAAAGACAAUUCAGACAUACUAUCCCUUAUCAUCCUAUAGUUAAACAUAAUCUGUAAUUAUAUAUAAUCUGUUAACGACGAGUGAACGAUUCAAAGACUUAUCACAAUAUCUGUAACGAAAUUGAUUUUUAACCGUAGCCGAUGUAUUGUUACAAUAUCUAGUGUAUUCCGUAAGACAGGUAGCUGUUGUAAAUCGUGUAUUUUGUGAACUAGACUCAAGAAAUAGAGAUUUCGGCUCUCUGACUCAUCAUCAGUUUAUGGACGCCAUAUCUUAAAGUCGUAUUUCUGUUUCAGAUUGAAGUUUCUUAUAACAUGUAUAGGUAGCCUAUACAUGUUAUUUUCAUUUUGUUUUUAAUACUUAUUAAAAAAAAUAUUCGCGCAAUUUAUGUCAAAAAAGGUUUUAAUGAUCUUUGAUUCUGACGUCUCUAAAUCUUGAUUCUAGUUUUUAUUAAUCUGGUGUUAAUUGGUAAAGUGCUAGUUUAUGCAACGUUUCGAUAUUGCUUGAAGUUUUGUGUUUGACAAAGUACCUACACGUUAUUGAUUGAUGGUGUUAGUUGUAAUGUUUGGCCAUAGAUAAUGUUUUAUUACAGUUUUUGAAGCAAUUUGCUUGUUUUUUGAAAUGUAACUUACACGGUGAUUGUUAACACGUUGUAUCAAGAAUCAUCCCGUGUGCGCAGAUUCUAAAUUUAAACUAAAAAUUAGUUACUAAAUUUGCUUUCGGCCAAUAAUUAUAAAAAUAUAAUGAGAUUUACAUGUUUGUUCUGAAAUAAUUUCAUAGUCUGUAAAGUUAUUUGUAUUUGCUUAUAAAGCUUUUCUUGAUUGGAGGUAUUUUGUUGAAAUAAAUAUGUGUUGCAUUUACACCGUAAUAAUUUAAAUUAAUAGUGGAAUCAUGACAAAUUGUAACAUUUGAUAUUAAUCUGACUCGAAUUUGAUAACUGUGACCUCGUGCAGAAGUUUUGUUCACGAAUUAUAAUAAUUUACAUUUAGUUUGCAUUAAGUAACUGUAAUUUAUUGUGUAACUAUGAUAAAUAUUUUUUUAUGUUGCAUAGAAAAUAAAUUUUAAGAAAUU